ACUCUCUUCACCUCCACUUAAAACCUGGUAUUCUUAGUUCCAGACUUCCAGUACAUGCACGUCGUCGUUUUGUCACGUCAAAGCUAAAACAACCAAACAACACAUAGUGAGUGCAUUGUGAAAGUGUGUGGGUGUGAAAAAAAUAGAGAGUGAAAAAAUGGGUAGCUUCCGGUGGUGGUUUACAGCUGUUUUGGUACUCGCCGUCAGUGUAACGGUGAAUGCCUGCCCGCCGUCAGAUAGGGCAGCUUUGUUGGCCUUCAAAGCUGCUUUACACGAACCUUAUUUGGGCAUUUUCGACUCGUGGAAGGGCAACGACUGUUGUAGCAAAUGGUACGGCGUUACUUGCGACCCGACUACUAAACGGGUUGCGGAUAUAGCGCUUCGUGGAGAGUCCGAGGAUCCGAUUUUUCAGAAGGCGAAGCGGACCGGGUACAUGACCGGUUCAGUCUCGCCGGAAUUAUGUAAGUUGGAGAGGUUAUCGAAUGUAGUUAUCGCCGAUUGGAAGGGUAUUUCCGGUACUAUACCUUCCUGCAUUACCACUUUGCCGUUCCUCCGUCACCUAGAUCUCGUCGGAAACCAAAUCUCCGGCGAAAUCCCUUCCGAUAUCGGCAAACUCAGCCUUCUGACGGUUUUAAACCUGGCGGAUAACAAAAUCACUGGAAGGAUCCCGAGGUCGAUUGCAAAUCUAACUUCGUUGAUGCAUUUGGACCUACGAAACAACUUGAUCUCAGGAACUAUACCGAUCAACAUCGGUAAGCUGAGGAUGCUCAGUCGUGCUUUGCUUAGCAACAACCAGAUCUCCGGACAGAUUCCGAACACCAUUUCCUACAUCUAUCGUCUCUCAGAUCUCGAUCUCUCGUUAAACCGGAUCUCUGGACCGAUUCCUGAAGCGCUUGGAAAAAUGAAGGUGCUGGCGACGUUGAAUCUCGAUGGAAACAUGAUUUCCGGUCAAUUACCAACGUCGUUGAUGAACUCUGGCAUUAGCAUUCUGAACCUUAGCAAAAACGGCAUUGAAGGAAGCAUCCCGAACGCAUUCGGACCUAGAUCUUACUUCAUGGUGAUGGAUUUAUCGUAUAAUAACCUGAAAGGUCCAAUUCCGGAAUCGAUAGCAUCAGCGUCGUAUGUCGGACAUCUUGAUCUGAGCCAUAACCAUCUGUGUGGGGCGAUUCCGGCGGGUUCGUGGUUCGACCACCUUGAAGCGUCGUCGUUUACUUACAAUGAUUGUCUGUGUGGAAAGCCUCUUAGGGCUUGUUAAUUGAAUUUGUUAGAUUAAUGUAUUUACUCGUCGGUCGCCGUUCAAAGGAUACAAAUGUCGCCGGAGAUUUGUUUCAGUUCGGCAAGUUUGAGCAGUUGGUUUUUACAGUGUCGGUGUUUCUUCACAGGUAAUGAUGUAUUAGUAUGUAAUUUCUAAUCUGGUUAAUUGUGUAUUUAUGGAUUGUGGAGAAUUUAUAUAGCGUGGGAGAGGUUCAUGGUAGUUACUAUGGACCGCUUCUUUGAAUGAAUACUUCACAUGCUGUUAUUAUUA